AGGCCGGCGGCAGCUUCUCUGUUCUCUUCCGGACAACAACAAUGGCGGAUACCGCGGAGCCCUUAUCCCCGGUGACGGGCGCGUCCCCUCCGUUGUCCGGGACCGACGGCUUCCAGCGGCUCCUCUUCUCCCAUGACUUGGUGUUCGGUACCUACAGAGGUCAGAGCCGGUUCGGCCUAGUGAGGCUCAUCCAUGGGGAGGACUCGGAGAGCGAAGAAGAGGAUGUGGAAGCAGAGGAGGCCGGCGGGGGUCGGCGCAAAGGAGGCGGCGGAGGAGGAGGGGGAGAGCAGGGGAGCCCCGGCUCGGAGACCGUCGGAGAGGCCAGCAGGUUCGGGCCUCUGAAGAGGGGCUACGUGCGGGUGCAGUGGUAUCCAGAGGGCAUCAGACAGGACGUGAAGGAGACCAAGUUAAAACUGGAGGACAGGUCUCUGGUGCCCAGGGAUGUCGUGCGUCGCAUGAGCUCAAAGGAUAGUCAGUGUGGCACGGUCAUUGAUGUGAACAUAAACUGCAUGGUGAAAAUUGUGGGGACCAACUGCUUCCUGAAUCCCAUCAACAGCAAGGACCUGCAGCACAUAUGGCCCAUCAUGUAUGGAGAUUACAUUGCAUACGACUGCUGGCUGGGAAAAGUUUAUGACCUUAAAAACCAAGUUAUCCUGAAGCUGUCUAAUGGAGCCAGGUGCUCUAUGAGCACAGAAGAUGCUUCUAAGCUGUAUGAUGUCUGCCCCCAUGCCAGCGACUCGGGUCUGUUUUUUGAUGACUCUUACGGCUUCUACCCAGGCCAAGUGCUCAUUGGUCCUUCCAAAGUUUUUUCAAGCGUUCAGUGGCUUUCUGGCAUGAAGCCGGUCCUGAGCGCCAAGAGCAAAUUCCGUGUGGGCGUUGAAGAGGUGCAAGUAACAGAACUGAGAGUAACCUGGCUUACAAAGGGCUUUUGUCUUGGGGGUACAGAUUCUAUGGACCCACCAUCGUCUGUCAUAACACAAGAAAACUUGCACAAGGUGAAGAGGCUCGGUUCGUUUGACCACAUUCAGCGGCAGCUUGGAGAACGUUGUCUGUACAUCAUCCCAACCAUGUUGGAACCCAAUAAAAUCUUAUGCGAAACCUUGGAGAAGAGGUGUCUACUUGGGGAGGUGACUAGUUCUCGAAAGCAAUCCGAAAAGCCGCGGGAGAAGCAAAUUGUAAAGAUUAUCUCAUGUACACAGGAGCCCACCAACCCUGCAGUGCUAUUUAGGAGUAACUCUAUUACUGCUCCACUGAGUGCGAAAGAUGUCCUACAAGAUGACGGAGGCCACGACCAUGAUGAGGAACUGAGGAAAGGACCAGAUCCGGAACAGUGCUCUGCACAGGAUCAGUUGCUUGGCAAUGUCCGUGAGAUGUUCCAGGAUUUGCCACUUCAGCCUGGAGAGCAGGACACAGACGAUGAGGCGGCAGAAGACACUGAUGACACUAGUUCUGUGACUUCUUCAGCAAGCUCUACGACCUCCUCAAAAAGUGGCAGCGGGCCCGGCCGUAAGAAGAGUAUUCCUUUGUCCAUAAGAAACCUGAAGAGAAAGCACAAAAAGAAAAAGAAGAGCAAGGUGUACAGAGAAUUUAAGACAGGGGACAGGGUGGCUGUUGAAGUCAUCACCACCGUGUCAACAGCAGAUGUCAUGUGGCAAGAUGGAACUGUAGAAACCAGCAUUCGGUCUAAUGAGCUGAUCCCUAUUCAGCAUUUAGAUAACCACGAGUUCUGUCCAGGAGAUUUUGUGGUGGAUAAAAGAGUGCAUGCGUUGCAGGAUCCUAGCAUCUACGGCGUGGUACAGUCCGGAGAUCACACAGGCCGUACAUGCGUCGUCAAAUGGAUCAAGUUGAACCUUGAAGGCGAUGAUAUUGAGGUUGUGGGUGAAGAAGAUGAUGUGAGCGUCUAUGACGUUGCCGACCAUCCAGACUUCCGCUUCCGGGCCACAGAUAUCGUGAUGCGUAUCGUGAGCUCAGACCCUGAUGCUCCUGCUGAUGGCAGUCAGCCCACAGUGGGACAAGUUGCCCGUGUAGACGUUAGUAGUAAAGUAGAAGUGAUUUGGGCAGAUGAUACCAGGAGCAUUGACCUUCCACAGCAUCUGUACAAUGUAGAGUCUGAGCUGGAGGAGUCUUUCUAUGACUCGGUGGACAACAGCUCUAGCGGCGCUUCCUCUGAUGAGUGGGAAGAUGACAGCGACAGCUGGGAGACUGACAACAACUUUACUGAAGACGAGCACACCCGUAUUGGUGUCGAAGGAGCAGAGGAAACCCAAAAUCCAAGUGCAUCUGCGGAGCAGGCUCCACAGACUGAGGUAGAUGACACAGAACAAUAUGCUGCUGCGUCCUCUUUAGGGGUUACUGGUCUUGUCACCAGAGUUAACAUGAUGGAAGGGAUGGUGAAGAGCUUCAAUGAGUUUAAGGAAACUGUUAAGAUACUUGAAAGCUUGAAAAAUAUGACUGUGGAGCAGCUAUUGACAGGAUCUCCAACCUCGCCCAUUGCUGAGCCGGAGAAAUUCACUAGAGAAAAAAAGUUCCUGGAUGGUAUCAAGAAGUUGCAGGAAAAUCUGAAGAAGACUCUUGACAAUGUGGCCAUUGCAGAGGAGGACAAGAUGGAAUCUAUACCAGAGGUGGAGAAAGAAGAUAAAGCUGAAGCCCAGACUCCGGUCCGCUCUGAAUGGCUCAGUGACACACCUGUCCUCUGCCAGCAGUGUGGUGGCAAACCUGGAGUCAUAUUCACAAGUGCUAAAGGAGAGGUGUUCUCUGUGCUGGAGAGUGCACCAGAGAGCCACGCUUUCAAGAAGCUGGAGUUCCAGGCACCGGAAGCAAAGAAGUUCUUCAGCACUGUACGCAAGGAAAUGGCUCUGCUCGCCACAUCCCUCCCUGAUGGGAUCAUGGUGAAGACCUUUGAAGACAGAAUGGACCUUUUUUCUGCCUUCAUAAAAGGUCCUACACGCACUCCGUAUGAGGACGGCCUGUUCUUGUUUGACAUCCAGCUGCCCAACAUCUAUCCCGCCGUUCCUCCACUUUUCCGAUACCUGUCCCAGUGUAGUGGAAGGCUGAAUCCGAACCUCUAUGACAAUGGGAAAGUUUGUGUCAGUCUGCUGGGCACCUGGAUUGGAAAGGGAACAGAGAGAUGGACAAGCAAGUCUAGUCUUCUUCAGGUUCUAAUCUCCAUUCAAGGUCUCAUCUUGGUAAAUGAGCCGUACUAUAACGAGGCCGGCUUUGAUAGUGAUCGGGGGCUGCAAGAAGGCUAUGAGAAUAGCCGCUGCUACAAUGAGAUGGCCCUUAUCAGGGUGGUUCAGUCAAUGACGCAGAUGUUGAGAAGACCCGUGGAAGUCUUCCAGCAGGAGAUCUUAGAGCACUUUCAAAGCAAUGGCUGGCGCUUGGCUCACAGGAUAGAAACUUGGCUUGAAAACAACUCAGUGUUAGAAAAGAGUGGCGAGUUGUCGAAUGGCCAGGAACACCCCUGUAUAGUACCGUACAGUCCCACUGAACCUGAAAGCACGCCAGAGCCGACAUUUAAUUCCAAGGAGUUGGACGAUUCUGGAUGUGGAGCCUCUACGGUUUCUCCUGGGGAAUCUUCACGUUGUUCUGACUUGGAGACUCUAGGGAAGGGCGUGGUGAGCGCUACCAGCAGCCCUGCGGAAGAGGCCCGAGGAGCAACUGGAGGGGCGCAGCCAAGUGUGAAACCAAAGAAACGCAGAAAGAGCUACCGUAGCUUUCUGCCUGACAAACAUGGCUACCCCGACAUUGGCUUCCCCUUGUUUCCCCUAUCCAAGGGCUUCAUCAAAAGCAUCCAGGGUGUCCUCGGGCAAUACAAGGCUGCACUCUUGGAAGCCGGCAUCAUGGAGCCCCGUGCAGGCAGACUAACUCUACCAUUAUAGAGGUGAAGGACUCGGCGGGCAGGCUUUUUCCCCUGCCUCCUCCACACACUUCGUCACAUACAUUCAUUCUUAACCCCCAUCCUUCUCACUGCCAAGCAAGACCCAAGUAAAAGGUGUGGGGCGUAAUGUAGGACUCCAAAACUUCUGGGGUCUCCUGUACAAGUCGAGACCACAUAAGAUUGUAUCCUUAUUAAUAAUGGCUGAUAUGUUGCUGUAUGCUCUGCUGUUCUCUUCAUUUUACUCUGUCCGGUUUAUCUGCUCCUGGCAUAACGCCUCGGGGCUGCCUUGCUGCUAUGGGGCAGAGAAUGGUACCGUUAUUGCUCGUGGAAGAAGAUCGUUCUCCUCCGCAGCAACCCUGAACCUACACGGGUUGUGUGGACAGAAGACCUUUACCUCCUCGUCUGUUACUACACUAUCAUACCGAAAGUCCUGUACACUAUUGAAUGUGAGGUGGUAUUUAGGUAAGAGACCUCUUCAGGAAUAGUGUCUGAGCGAAAAGGUAGGGCUGGAAUCAUUACUUAUCACAAGCCAGUGCUUUACGGUAGGGGCCAAGACACCGACCACCAAAUAGAUGACCGGUAGGGUGGACUGGCCUUAGGUCUUACAUAGUCUUGUAAGCUUGCCAUAAUUAAGCAAUUUAUUUGCAUCCAUAUGUAUUUUCACCCCAUUCAAAGAUUUAUUUUUUUAAUACAUAUUAUAGGUUUGACAGCUAAUCUGUCUUAAAGGGCAUCUGUCAGCAGAUUUGUCCCUAUGACACUGGCUGACCUGUUACAUGUGCG